CUGACCUUUGGCUCCCUCCUGCUUCCAGCACUGAUAUCUUCCUCUCCUUUCAAAUUACUUCUCAUGCACAGAAGGUCAGAACAUGGCACCCAGCCCCAGGAAGCCUCAAGCCACUUGGAAAGUGACCUUCCAAACACAUCCUUCAUUCACUUAUUCUUUCCAAACAAAUCCAAAAACCAGUGUGGGCAAGGGUUGUCUAGAACACUUGUGAAAUCCUCUUAUUUACAUAGUUUACCCUUUCAGCCACCCCUUGUUUGAUUUCAGUCCUUUGUUCUCACCCACGUGUAAAUCUGACAUGAGUCUCUCUUAUGUUAGUAUGAAAUAAAGCCAAUGUCUUUCAUUUUAAAUAGUGAAUGAAAUACUCAUUUUCCUGUUUAAAAAUUGAUUUAUUCUCAUGCCUGGAAUGUAAUCUAGAAUUGAAUAGAAGACUUUGUCCUUGGUCAUUAAAGAAAUCCCUGUAAUCAGUUUGAGUUGCUGUUUAGGAUGGUGAGGAAGGUGAGGUGAGCUCCUUUUUUGUGAUAUCCCAAAAGCAUAUGAUACAAAUAGCUGCUACCUUCAUCCACACAAAACGUGGAUGUUAGCACAUUAAUAAAAAAUACUUUUUUCAAAAACGCUACAGUCUUCUUAGAUGGGACCCUGAACACCCCAAAGAUACUGUGGUCAGGUACCCUCUUGGGAGUGAAAGCAGAAAAAUGGAAACAGUUUUCAGGAUAGCCCUACCCACAAAAACCUGUUGCUCUCCAAAUCUUUGAUAAGCAUAGAACACACUUAUCAUUCCACUUCCCUUGAGAAGAUUCCGAGUGAAAUGUUUGCUUUCAACAGUGUUUGCAAUUUUAUCCAUGCAGGAUCCUCAAAAGUAAAUUCCCCAGCUGUUUAUGCUUCACCACCACUGGAUCUAGCUGAAGUCACACCAAGGUAAACACUGCACUGUUGGCCCAGGCACACAGGGAACCUAGACUUGGGUCUAAGAUGAGCUUGAGCUUGGGAAUAGUAGGAUUUGAGGGGAGGCUGGAAGUCACAUGAAAAUUUGGGUCAGUGGAAUAAAGGAGAACAUGUGAAAGCAGAACAAUGUAAUCAAAGACACAAAAAUAAAUAGACCUUUCUAGUAUCAAAAGGGGUGAAAAGGCCAAAAGAUAGAUUCAGACAAAUGAGGAAGAAGUCUGAAUGUCAAGGCAGGAAAAGUGGUCUUUGUUUCUAGAUGCUGGGAUGAGAAUUAGGAAAAAACUACAGAAUCUAUUUCCUGGCUCUCCUACUUGUUCUCAACAGGGCUCAAUAUCAUAUUCCUCAUGGGUAACAUGGGAUAAAUUUCUAUGCCUAAAAUACCCCAUAAAAUCGCUGUGAGAACGAAUAGGAUUUUUUGUAUAUACUCUGUCUACAAAAAAAAAAAAAAAUACUAUUAAAGUUUAUUGUGCUGUUUAGGAAGUAAGAAGUCUUGGAUUAUUUUGAACAAGAAGAAUGAAUAAAGGAGAAAAGGCUUAAAACAUUUGCUGUAGAUAUGUCAUAUAAUGGCUUUUGAAACAAGAUGGUAAGGAUUUCUGAACUUUGGAGCAUGCAGUGAAAAUUGAUUAACAAUUAAUGUGUAAGCAAGGCAGCAAUACUAUUUAUCCAGCAAAUCCCUGUGAAACAAGAAUGGAAUUCUCUAAAGAACGUGAAUACUAGACAAGAAAGGAUAAAAACUCUUCCUGAGAUACAACGAGGGCAGCCUUGAGAUACUGAGCACAAGGUCAAGCGAAGCAGAGAGGGAGAGAUGUAUAAGAAGACAUGAUGAUGCCCUAAAAAAUGGGAACAAUCAUAGAUGAUAUCACCCCCUUUCUAUUCUAUUCCAGGGAAAUCCCCUCCACAAAUGGCCUGGAGGAACCACAGCAUCAUCACCGAGUUUAUUCUCACAGGGCUGUCCGACGACCCCCACAUCCAAGCUCUGCUCUUCGUGCUCUUCCUGGGGAUUUACCCUCCUGGGAAUCUGAUGCUGCUGCUGGUGAUCAGGACCGAUUCCCGCCUCCACACGCCCAUGUACUUCUUCCUGAGUAACCUGUCCUUCAUGGACCUUUGCUUCUCUUCUGUCACUAUGCCCAAGCUACUGAAGGACCUUCUGUCUGAGAAGAAAACCAUCUCAGUAGAGGGCUGCCUGGCUCAGGUGUUCUUUGUGUUUUUUUCUUCGGGGACUGAAGCCUGUCUGCUCUCGGUGAUGGCCUAUGACCGCUAUGCCGCCAUCUGCCACCCUCUGCUCUACGGCCAGGUGAUGAGCAGCCAGCUCUGUGUGGGGUUGGUGCUGGCCUCAUGGGGCCUGGCCUCUCUCAAUGCAUUUGUCAUUGUGCUUUUGGCUAUUAACCUGGACUUCUGUGAGGCCCAAACCAUCCACCACUACACCUGUGAGCUGCCCUCCCUCUUCCCUCUGUCUUGUUCUGAUAUCUCCAUCACAACCAAUAUCCUGCUCUGCUCCAGUUUACUGCAUGGGCUGGGAACCUUCCUCCCAAUCUUUUUCUCCUACGCCCGUAUUAUCUCCACCAUCCUGCGCAUCAGCUCCACCUCAGGCAGAAGCAAGGCCUUCUCCACCUGCUCCUCCCACCUCAUCGCAGUGAUCCUGUUCUUUGGCUCAGGUUUUCUUUGUUAUCUCAUGCCUCCCUCGGGUUCCUCUUUGGAUUUGCUCCUCUCCUUGCAGUACAGUGCAGUCACACCCUUGCUGAAUCCCCUCAUCUACAGCCUAAAGAACAAAGAGGUGAAGGCGGCUGUGAGAAGGACACUGGGGAAAUAUCUCUAAUGUAGUGAACAAAGACACACUUACUAAGCAAAAAUCACAAAGACUGUGUUCCGUUGCAUGCUUCUUUUGUUCCCACCUCUCCCCACACAGUGUCAGAUAAUUUGGAAGAAAGACUCUAGAGCUUGUCUGAACAGAGCUUGCCUGUUCUUCAAAGGCAGUAGUUCUUGAUUUGGGGUCCUCUUUUGGAAAGGCUCCUCUGUUGGUUGGAAGAGAACACGAAGACAAUUUUCCACAAAACAGAUCAAUAAGACAAAAUAAUUAGGUUGAAAAGAUACGAUGAUCAUUUCAGGAGAUUCGGCAUCUGACUGAGGAGUCGCAGAAAGAAUUGAAAACAAGGGAGGAAUGGGGCACCUGGGUGGCUCAAUCAAAUAAGCAUCCGACUCUUGAUUUAGGCUCAUGUCAUGAUCUCAGGAG